AAGGAAGCAAAGAACGGUAAAGCGGGUGUCGAAGAUGGCAGAUACAAGUCCGCAACCAGUGUUGUCUGAACCACACACGAAUGGUGUGAUGGACGGUUUAACGGAAGAAGAAAAAAGUAAGAUGCGACCCGCCGACAUUGAUGCGGAUAUGAGAGAAAUGGAGAGGAGGAAAAGGGUCGAAAUGAUGAUGAAUUCACGAUUGUUUCGGGAGGAGUUGGAACGCAUCAUUGAAACGCAAAUGAAAGACGGUGCUGGACCAUCGGGUCUGCUACAGCAAAUCUCAGACAUGAUGGGUGGUGCGCAAGGUGCUCGGUUUAAUGGGAACGUAUUUAAAAAUUCAAACUGCGUAUUACCGAUCAACGAUAUACGCGGUGUCGAAAGCAUGGGUUACGCGAAAGGAGAGAAGCUAUUGCGUUGUAAAUUGGCUGCGGUAUUCCGAUUAUUGGAUCUGUACGGUUGGACUCAAGGUGUCGGUGGACAAAUUACGGCGCGUCUGAAUCAAGAUCAAGAACAUUUUUUAGUUAAUCCGUACGGCUUGCUCUACCACGAAAUCACUGCCUCGAGUUUGAUCAAGGUCGAUAUGCAGGGAUCGAUCGUCGAGCAGGGAACGACCAAUUUUGGGGUUCACGUGGCAGGAUUUCAAUUGCACUCGACGAUUCAUGCCGCAAGACCUGAUAUCAAAUGCAUCGUUCAUAUUACUACUCCGUCCGUUACCGCCAUCUCAUCGUUAAAAUGCGGAUUGUUGCCGAUCGGACAAGAGAGUAUAGUAAUAGGAGAUGUAAGCACGCAUCAGUAUAUAGGUGGAUCUUUCGAACCCGAGGAAAAGGAAAAAAUUUCGAGAAAUCUCGGACCGAUAAACAAAGUGAUGAUGUUAACGAAUCGCGGUGCUCUCUGUUGCGGAGAAACCGUCGAGGAAGCUUUCUUUAACGUUUAUAACAUGGUUUUAGCUUGUGAGACUCAGUUAAAGCUAAUGCCCGCUGGUUUGGAUAAUUUAAAUCUCAUUUCGGAAGAAUCGAAAAAAGCCAUAUUCGAGGCUUCGAGAAAACCACCGACACCGCAACAAUCGACCGUACCGAUAUCGGAUAGUACAGCUCUUGCUGAGAAACUUGAAAAGCGCUGGCGAAUCGGCGGAACUGAAUUCGAGGCACUCAUGCGAAUGCUCGAUAAUGCGGGUUUCCGUACCGGUUACAUCUAUAGAAAUCCGUUGGUGAAAGGAGAACCUCCACGACCUCGAAACGACGUUGAAGUGCCUCCGGCAGUUUCGUCAUUGGGAUAUUUGCUUGAGGAAGAAGAACUCUAUAAACAAGGACUCUGGAAAGGAGGUCGCAAAGGGACGGAUAGAUCGCGUUGGUUAAAUUCGCCUAACGUCUAUCAGAAGGUCGAAAUACUCGAAACAGGAACUCCUGAUCCGAAAAAGAUCACAAAGUGGGUGUCAGACGGCUCUCCGACCCAUACCAGUACACCGGUGAAGAUCGAAGGUGCCCUUCAAUUCGUACCGAAAAAUACCAAUCCAAAGGAGUUUAAGCAAAUACAGCAACAGAUAAAAGAUUAUCGUAGAGCCGAUAAAAUAUCGGCUGGACCACAGUCCCAUAUAUUGGAAGGAGUUACUUGGGAAGAAGCGAAAAAGAUGCAGGAUGCAACUAUCAGUGGAACAGGAGAACAAGUGGUGUUGGUAGGGGCAGCCAGCAAAGGUAUCAUUCAAAGAGGCUUUCAACACAAUGCGAUGGUUUACAAAACUCCAUAUGCAAAAAAUCCUUUCGAUGCUGUUACCGAUCAAGAGCUGGACCAGUACAAAAAGGAAAUUGAACGCAAACAAAAAGGAGAUAUUUACGAUGAAUCGCAGUCAGAAUCGGAAGCAUUGUCAUCGUUUAAUGUCAGCCGUGCAACCCACGAAUCGAGCACUGCCAAAAGUCCUAUUCAGUCACCGGUAUCGGUAACUUCGGAAACGGAAGAAGAAAGCAGAGACGAACCUCGAGUAUUGCGAAUAGAGACGAAACAAGUGCCUGCACCGAGUCAACCUGAAGUUGUAUUGAGCGAUGAUGGUGAUUCGUCGAGCAGGUACUGCAGUGAAAGCGAUAGCGAUAGCGAUAGCGAUAGCGAAGACAAGUUUUCGAAAGUAUAUAGCGAAGAGCCGCGUUUAGAAAUAGCUCGAACCGGUGUUGUUGCAAAACGAUUGACGCCUACCUUGAUCGCCUAUCCACCGAUGGUCGUUCUAUCGAAUUCAUCUUUGAGCGUGAUGAAAGAGAAAAAGUCGCAUUUAAGAACAGAAGGUAACGAAAAUUCAUCGAAAGUUGUUGAUCGUGAGAAGAACGCUCCUAUUUUGUCGGUUUCCCGUUACGAACGGAACGACGGAAAGGCACAAGAAACUGUCGAAACAAUAAAAGCCAGUGUCGAUAGUAAGAAUGUGAACACUGUUUCUUCGUCAAAGACGAGAUCGAAAACGAAGAUGGAAAGAAAAGCAACAGAAGACGUUUUGCUUGAUUCAAAUUUCGAAAUUUCUAAAAAGUGUAACUUGGAUUCCACCGAUAUGAGUUUGAUAUACAGUUUAACGCCAUUGUUGGACCCAGAGUAUCAGGAGAAUGUGAACGAGGAACGGACCUCGAUGUCGUCGAUGUCGUCGAUGUCGUCGAUGUCGGCCGAACGCACACUUACCUUGGAUCGAUCAAUGGGCGAACGUUUGAAUGAAAAAUACCGUAUGUACGAAGAAGCGACAUACAAUUGCGACUGGUUCGAUUCGUCGUACGACAACGGUAGCGAUACGUACGAAUCAUUCGAUGAAAUUUGCGCAGAAAUCGGAGAUGAGCUUUCUUCCGAUAACGAACGUUUCGAGAUUCGUUCAAAGGAAGAGAGGAGCGAUGAAUUGUUUGGAAACGGUAUUAGUGACAGUGCGAACGAAAUUAUCGCCGAACUUGACGCCUGCGAUACUUUUGCGAGUAUUUCUUCUUUGUUAGAUGAGAUUUUCCAGAGAGUUUGCGAUACUCUUUUCUAUCGUUCGCUUGCCCAUUCUCGGUUUUUCAAUUUCAAUUCCAAUUUCAAUUUAAUCUCAUCCUCGAUUUUAACGAAGGAACACGAGGAAAACUCGCAGCUGUUGGUCGUGCACGAGAUUAUUCAUCACGUGAUAGAUGUGCGCGACGAAACGAUCGAUUGUUCGUUUAAGAGUGUCAAAGACAUUGCGAACGUAGAACUAAAAGAAGCACGAGACGGUGUCGUUGCGAACGAUGAAACAACUGAGACGGCUGAAGCUAGUAGUAGUAGUAGUAGUCGUGAAAGUGCAGCUGCUAUUUUCGAAUUUUGUACGAUAGCAUCAAACGUCGAUGAUGCAGCGUUACGAUUGAACUUUCGAGUGGAGAAGGUCGAUGCUAACGAAAUAAUUCUCUCGAAUAGUAGCGAUCUUGAAAAGAGUGAGAAUUUUCUUGAAGAAGGAAAACCGUCUGAUUCUCUUAUUACUUUGCUCCGAGAUACGAAUACGACUAGUUGUCCUCAAAGUGAAGAAAUGCUAAUGGAACUCGGCAACAAUUUCGACGUUGAGUUUUGCACGAUGAAGAAUCACGAUGAACAAGACUGUUUCCGUUUAUCGCCUAUAAACGAAGAGGUCAACGAUACGAUGAUAGAUUCAAAGUAGUAUUAAAUCGUACAAUCAUAGAAUUUCUGUCCAAUUUUCGAGUUCACAUAUUCUCAGUUUCGUUCAGUGUUUUCAGAACUACAAAGUAAUGUUGUGUACGAGAUUGACAUUUUUAUUUUGUUUUUUGCUUUGUUAACACACAUAAGAUCGUACUAAUCCUAUGUUCCUAAAGAUUGCUGUUUUAUGUUCCUAAUGAUUACCAUGUUUUAUGUUUUCAUUUUCUACUUGAUACUCGUUUUGCACGUAAAGCAUACUUUGUACAUAUGAAAUAAACCUUUCUUUCUAUUUCGUGUGAUUUACAACAAAUGAAAAAAGGAAAAACAAACGAAUUUAUAAUCCGUUGUUUCGCUUUCGUUGGUACGCUUUCAAAAUCGAAGCAUUCCAAGAGGAAAGAUCAAUCAUACGUUGAGUUUGUUGUUGAAGGUAAGCGUGCAUUGCACUUCUAACAUCAACGAUUCGUUAUACUCGAUCAUUUGUUCAGUUUGUGCUAACUAGUUUCGUCAAACUGUGGCUUCAUGUACUGAAUCACAAUCGCUUACUAGCUUAAACGGAUCUUUUCAAUUUAACACGUAACACGUUGAAUAUAUUUUUUA